AAAAUAAAGAAAUGGCGCCUGUUGGCAAGCAAGUUCUCCACCGGCUAUGUCAGAAACAGCAGUCGCGAAUUGGAAAUCAAUCUCAUCUGCCGCCGCUCGCAACAUCAUUCAUAUCUUCGGCGUCAUCAACUACCACCACCGCCGCCGCCGGUGAAGACAGGUCUAAUGAUUCUCUAAGGAGAUGGAUCUCUUUGGAGCAUCAGUAACUAUAAUUCAUGGCAUAUUGGGUGCAUAACAUGCAGAUAUCUGUACAGAACAAAGCUGAGCUUAGCCUUUCUUUGUGCAGGAGCAAGAAUCUCUGGUAGUUGUGCAAUGGAUAUGUCUUCAUUCAAGCUGGAUAUUGAUGAGCUUAUAAAUGAGUUCACUGAGAGUAAAUCGAUGACUUUGGAUGAUAUGAAGAGGGUAUGGCUGUCUAGAAAGUUCUCAUACAUCUAUGAAGCUCGGCCUUCUUCCAACUUGGCCUUCUUUAUGCAAUCAUUGUAUUCACAUUCAAUUAGUUACAUGUCUGAUACUGCUUCUUUAUCACAUAGAUUGGGUGGGCUCUAUUGCCUUUACUGCCUUUAUGAGACUCAACCAUGUAAACCACCUUUCAAAAUUUAUUUAUCUCUUGGAGAUCUCAAGAAACUGAAAGACCUUGCAGCAAAUGCAAAAGAGAAGGGUGUUGAAGUGGCACCUGCUUUGAUCAAAAGGAUGCUAGACAGGAAAAUAUUCCUCUUUGGUUUUGUGGACAUAAAUGAAAGCUCUGUAAGAGAGAGGGUAAAUGACCUUGCAGAUUUACAGAAUGCCCGCAUUCAAGUUGCCUAUAAUAAGUUAUUGGCAAAUAGUCGGAUUGAGCACUUCCUCCAUAUGGACAUGGGUAUGGAAUUUGACCUGAAAGGGCUCAAUAAAAUCUCAACAGAAUAUGCAAACGCCAGGAAACUAGCAAUUGAAGAGGCGAGCAAGGUAGUGGAUGUCCAAAACAUAAAGCAUAUAUCAGAAGAUAAGAAACUGAUUGGAGAUGUAGUGAACAAAACUGCUGAGAACUGGAAUGCCCAAAAAGAAGUCUUCUAUCAAAAAACAGGACUUAACCAGCGUCCUGCUGAAGAACACCGGCAAGAUAAUGAAGAUGAUGGUGAUGACUUUGAUCUGGAACUUGAACAUCUACUAUCUCAAACAUAAUUGCUGUGAAAAUCAAGCUGAGCAGAGUUCUCUUCCGGUGUACUCGGAUGGUUUAUGGGUGUUAGAUUCAUACAGUGAUUGUUAUCUCACAGUCAUUCAAAAUUGCCUCCUGAAUUCCUUCAAUUAUCAGAGGAAUCUAGUGGGUGCUAUGGAUUAGGCAUCACAUGGGGUUGAUGCUGUACAGUUAAAACGAAACUUUGUAGGUAAGGGGUGAAGUUCCAGAUGGGAAGGCUGCCAAAGGCAAGCAGGUACCAUUUGUUUUUUAGGUACUUGAUGGCCAUUUUGAAGGUUAAAAGAGAAAAUAUACAGUUUUGAGUAACA